UUCAGCGAGAAUGGCUUCAUUAUCCUGAAAAACUGGUCAUGGAGGAUUUGCUGUGAGAGAGCCCGCAUUUCUCAUCCCCCUUGUUUCUUGGCUUCCAGGAGCUAGGGUUUUCUCGCGCGCGCUAGGCAAUGGCGGCCUAUCCCGGGACAACCGCGAUCACCACAGAGCUCAUACAGAAGUACUUGGACGAGAACAAGCAGCUCAUACUUGCAAUCCUUGACAACCAGAACCUCGGCAAGCUUAAUGAAUGCGCGCAGUACCAGCUGAAACUCCAGCAAAAUCUCAUGUACCUCGCUGCCAUAGCUGACGCUCAGCCACAACCACCUCUUACAGCUGCUCAGGUUCCUCCCGGGAGUAUGAUGCAACCGGGGCAGCACUACAUGCAGCAGCAGCAGCAGCAGCAGCAGCAGCAACACAUGAUGCAGCAGUCGAUGCUCGGGCAGCGAAAUCCAAUGCAGUACAUGCAAGCGCAAGGCCCGAUGCAUCCCGCCGCUGCUGCCGCCGCCGCCGCGGCUGCACAGCAGCAAGCCAUGGCCGUCCACGCAGGGAUGGUUUCAGGAGCUCACAACGGACUACACAUGCUCGGAGAGGGUGGCGUUGGCGGCAAUGGCCCGGCGGGUGCCGGGAGCUUUGCGGACUUUGGGAGAGCAAAUGCCAGCGCUGGAGGUGGUGGGGAUGGCCUCCAGACGAGCAUCGGGCUCGGACAGGACAUGAGGAGCGGCGCUCCCGGGAACCGGGAGAUGGGCGGCGGUGGCGGCGGUGGCGGCGGAGGUGGCGGCGGCGGAGAUGGCGGUGCUUCCGGAGUUCAAGGAGGAGAAGAUACCGAGCCAUCUUACUUGAAAGCUUCCGAGGAGGACGGGAACUAACGGGAAGAGAGCGCCAGAAGGGAACACUCCGGAUCGCUGAGAUGGACAACACAGCUACAAGCCAGGCUCGUUUUUCUUUCACUUGUUUCUCGAUUAUUUUUCCUGGGAUGGAUGGUAUCCUGCCAAGAACUUUUCACAGGCAAAGUUCUAGCGGCAAGAGCAGGGAGGCUUUCCAGUGCUAACUCUUUUUCUUCUUUCUUUCUUCUCCGUUUCCCCUUUUGCAUAGAUCAAGUGAUGGUAUCUUUAGUUCCGCAAAGUUCUCUGUAAGCUACUUUGUUUGUCCUAAUGUAAUCAAAUCCUUUUCGUCGUUUCUUUAA